AUGGUUACCGCCUCAGAGUUGAAUCAGUUGAAUGUAUGGAACGACAAGAAUGAAGGGGAAACUCGUAGUCCUCAGAGUUAUAUUCCAGACUCCAUCAAUUGGAUGAUUGGUCUGUCAAAAAUUUGCAACACAAACAAUCUGUCGCCAACCACAAACCUUAGAAAUAAACGACUACAUUAUUUGUUCAAAAAUCACCAAAGCGCCUCCAGAGAUCAAGCAUCCAAUGGGAAAAAGAAUUCCAACAGUAGUGGGCUGGUCAAGGAAGAUGCAGAGUCGUCAAUCGACUACCCGACAACACAAUUAAACACACAUGAAUUGACCAGUAAGUUGGAAUUGGAGCUAGUAGAAUCGUCCUUCUUGGAAUAUGGAAGAAAAACCAUGGUGCCAAAUGAAUUUUCUCAUCGAAGCAAGGAGCGUGAAUGCCUGUUUGAUAGUAAAACUUGUGACAUAAAUUGUUUGAAUUCGAUAUCAGUAGGGAAUAGUUUGCCUAGUGAAGCAGAGGGAAGUCUGUUUUUACAGUCCACUAGAGAUAUCGAGCUGGGAAAUUGCAAAGCAGAUCCACAUCAAGAGUUUGAUAUACAAAUGGGACACUCUCAUGAGAAUAUACUGAUUCACAGUAAUCCACGGAAACACGUACGUGAUAACAACACGAUGGCCAAUUGCCCUAAACCUGUUAAAAGAUUUAAAUCCAAAUCACAAUGUGAUUUAGUUUUUCCAAACUUAAAUUUUAGAAACUCUGGUUAA